AUGGCCGAAGAACAGAAACCCACCGUCGAGGUGCCCGAAGUCGCAAAGACCGAGACUGCCCCUGCCGACCAGGCUAUCUCUGCGGAGGCUCCCCCCAUCGACUCCGUCAAGCCAGUAGACGCCAUCGACGCCGCCGACGCUGCCAAGACCGAAGACAAAAAGGAUGAGAUCAAGCCUGUCGACGAAGGCCACCUCGGCCACAAGGCGCAGGGCGCAAGCUUCCCCAAGAACCUGAUUCCCAGCAAGGAAUUCUUCUUCUUCGGCUCCGAUGCUGUCGAGCCCAAGUCGCUCGCCCACUACCAGAAGAGUGAGAAGUCUGCGGAGACUGCUCACGACAACGUCGCAUGGGCGUCGCACACAGGCAAGGGCCUGCUCUUCAUCGGUGACAAGAAAUCCCCCCACAGCAUCAUCAACCUGGCUCAUGCCAGUGAACCCGAGACCGACGGCUCCAACAAGUUCCACCUCACCGCCAAGGGCAACAAGCACAGCUUCAAGGCCGCCUCGACUCCUGAGCGUGACAGCUGGGUCGCCCAGCUGAAGCUCAAGAUCGCUGAGGCCAAGGAGCUUGCCGUCACUGUGACCGAGUCGGAGACUUACAAGAAGACGCUUGAGUCGCUCAAGCCAGCGGCCAUCCUCACCAAGGAAGAGAAGCCUGCCGAGGACCCGCUCAAGACCGAAGAGUCCGCCAGGGCUGAGGAUGCGGCCAAGGAUGACGAGGCCUUGAAGGAGGAGCCCAAGGAAGAGGAACCCAAGCGCCGGUCUGCCAGCCGCAAGCGAGCCUCUUUCUUCAGCUUUGGUGGCAAGAAGGAGGAAAAAAAGGAUGAGCGCAAGUCUGAAGACGCACUCGCCGCCGAGCCCGCUGCUGUCGACGCAGAGGAGGCCCCGGUUACCGACGCCCCGACUGCCGCUGCCGAGGACAAGCCCGCCGAGGAGGCUAUUCCCGCCGAGAGCCCCAAGGAUAAGCCCGCGCCAUUCAAGCGCAAUAGCUUCUUUGGCAAUGUCUUCUCCAAGAAAGAGAAGAAGCCUGUCGAUGCAAACAAGGCUACCGAGGAAACCCCUGAGAUUGCCGCUGAGACCGACGUCACCACUACCGAUGCUGUCGCCCCGGUCAUCCCUCCCGUCGAGUCAACUACCCCCCUCGCCGUCGAUGUCUCCAACCCUGCCACGGUUCCUACCGAGACUGUAGAGACCCCUGCCAUCAACGGCGACGUCAAGAAGGAUCUCAAGGAGAAGCGCAAGUCCUCGCUACCCUUUGCCUUCGGCAAGCGCGACAAGUCUCCUGUUCCCGCCGAUAACGAAGAGAAGUCCGGCAUGAGUGCGUUCUCCAAGCUCCGUGCUACCAUCAAGGGCAAGUCCGCCUCUAAGGCCGAGGAGAAGCCUGUUGAGGAGGCUGCCAAGGAUGAGUCUGCCGCCGCCGAGGCUGCCAAGGAGACGCCCACGGAGGGCGUCGCCAAGGAACUGACCUCAGCCCCUGAGGCUUCCACCACUGCUCAGUCCGAGGCUGAGAACAAGCCCGAGAAUGUGGCUGCUACUACCCCCGCCGUCACCGCUGCCGCCUAG